CUCCAGGGUUAUAUGGUCAGCGCUGCAGUCAGUCCUGUCCUCAGUGUAUCCAUAGCGAUGGUCCCUGUCACCACAUCACAGGACACUGUGAGUGUCUGUCAGGAUUCUGUGGCUCUCUGUGUAACCAAGUGUGUCCCAGUGGCAGGUAUGGGAAGGGCUGUGCAGAGCUGUGUAUGUGUAGUAACAACGGGACCUGUAACCCCAUCGAUGGCUCCUGUCAGUGCUACCCAGGAUGGAUUGGAGAGGACUGCUCUAAAGUGUGUCCCCAGGGUGCGUGGGGUCCAGACUGCAUCCAUACCUGUAACUGUCACAACGGGGCUCAGUGCAUCGCUACAGACGGACAGUGUAGCUGCAGCGCAGGGUGGAGCGGACUCUACUGUACACAACGUUGUAGUUCAGGGUUCUUUGGUACCGACUGCUCGGAGGUGUGUCGGUGUCAGAACGGAGCGGACUGUGACCACAUCACUGGUCAGUGUUCCUGUCGGACCGGAUUCAUCGGACACAGCUGUGAACUCAAGUGUCAUCCCGGUACGUUUGGCUACGGCUGUCAGCAGCUGUGUGUGUGUAUGAACAACGCCACCUGUGACUAUGUGACUGGAACCUGCUACUGCAGCAUCGGAUACAAAGGCAUCCGCUGUGACCAGGCUGCCCUGAUGAUGGAGGAGCUGAAUCCUUACACUAAGAUCAGCCCGGCCUUGGCAUCAGAGCACCAGUCAGCUGGCGCUGUCAUGGGCAUCAUCUUCCUCCUCCUCUUCAUCAUGACCGUGUUGGGGGUGGUGGUGUGGUGGCGGCAUCACCAGAGAGAGAAAGGAGCGCAGCACAUGCCCAGUGUGUCCUACAGCCCUGCCCUGAGGAUCAGCAGUCAGGGUUACUCCCUCUCUGACUACAUGAAGGGUUCCCUGUCCAGCACCUGCUCUCUGAACAGUGAGAACCCCUACGCCACCAUCAAUGACCCGCUGGCUGUGGCCUGUAAACACACAGAGAGCAGCUAUGUAGAGAUGAAGAGUCCUGUCCACCACGACAUGUCCUACUGCUCCUCUGCUAUAGUCACCACCACCGCCACACACACCUCCAGCAAGAAUGUCUAUGAUGUGGAACCCAAGGUGAGUGUUCUCCAGGCCUGUAACGGUGUGGUGGUUCCCACGUACCCUCAGAACCCGUACGACCUCCCCAGGAACAGCCACAUCCCCAGCCACUACGACCUGCUGCCCCUGAGACACAGCCAGAGCUACAGCCCUACACACAGCCAGGACCACAGCCACCAGAGCCACAGCCCACCCUUGCCUGGCAGCCCUACCAGCUCCCUGCUAUAGACAGACCACUCCCGAACGCUGGGCCGCGACCUUAGACCUAUGACUUACUGUUGGGGCACGGUCUGCUCCAUCUGGGGUUGCGGAUAAAGACUGUAAUGUGACUAUAGAGACAAAGUACCAGUGCAACAUCAAUGUUGGUGGACAUACUAGAUUAUAUACCAACAGAAGCUCUGUGUGGACUCACUGCUGUGUGGACUCACUGCUGUGUGGACUCACUGCUGUGUGGACUCACUGCCGUGUGGACUCACUGCUGUGUGGACUCACUGCCGUGUGGACUCACUGCUGUGUGGACUCACUGCUGUGUGGACUCACUGUCGUGUGGACUCACUACCGUGUGGACUCACUGCUGUGUAGACUCACUGACGUGUGGACUCACUGCCGUGUGGACUCACUGAUGUGUGGACUCACUGCUGUGUGGACUCACUGAUGUGUGGACUCACUACCGUGUGGACUCACUGCUGUGUGGACUCACUGACGUGUGGACUCACUGACGUGUGGACUCACUGCUGUGUGGACUCACUGACGUGUGGACUCACUGCUGUGUGGACUCACUGCUGUGUGGACUCACUGCUGUGUGGACUCACUGCUGUGUGGACUCACUGACGUGUGGACUCACUGCUGUGUGGACUCUCUGCUGUGUGGACUCUCUGCUGUGUGGACUCACUGCUGUGUGGACUCACUGCUGUGUGGACUCACUGCUGUGUGGACUCACUGCUGUGUGAGACUGCUGUGUGGACUCACUGCUGUGUGGACUCACUGCUGUGUGGACUCACUGCUGUGUGGACUGCUGUGUGAGACUGCUGUGUGGACUGCUGUGUGGACUCACUGAUGUGUGGACUAACUGCUGUGUGGACUCACUGCUGUGUGGACUCACUGCUGUGUGGACUCACUGCUGUGUGGACUCACUGACGUGUGGACUCACUGCUGUGUGGACUCACUGCUGUGUGGACUCACUGAUGUGUGGACUCACUGACGUGUGGACUCACUGUCGUGUGGACUCACUGACGUGUGGACUCACUGUCGUGUGGACUCACUGACGUGUGGACUCACUGCCGUGUGGACUCACUGCUGUGUGGACUCACUGACGUGUGGACUCACUGCUGUGUGGACUCACUGCUGUGUGGACUCACUGCUGUGUGGACUGCUGUGUGAGACUGGAUAAAGCAUACUGAACGUGUAAUAUAUUCCAGCUAUGUGAAGUGUCUGAGGAAGACACUGGGAAGUCAUAUAACUACAAGAGAUGUGUGGCACCCUCUUUGUUUACACUCUGGCUCGGUGGAGGACACACACACACAUCCUAGGAAAGGAAGGAAGGACACACACACACAUCCUAGGAAAGGAAGGAAGGACACACACACACAUCCUAGGGAAGGAAGGAAGGACACACACACACAUCCUAGGAAAGGAAGGAAGGACACACACACAUCCUAGGGAAGGAAGGGAGGACACACACACACAUCCUAGGAAAGGAAGGAAGGACAGACACACACACACUAUGAAACAGACCAGUGGAGUCAUGAACACAAAAUAUCAUGGACCGAUAUAUAGUCAUGCCUGGCUCAGUGAUUCUAUUCCAUGUCUGGAUUGGGUGACCAGAGAACCAACCAGGCUGCCCCUAGAGGAGGACAAAACCACCAGGAAGCAACCAGGCUGUCCCUAGAGGAGGAUAAAACCACCAGGAACCAUCAGGCUGCCCCUAGAGUAGGACAAACCCACCAGGAACCAACCAGGCUGCCCCUAGAGGAGGACAAACCCACCAGGAACCAUCAGGCUGCCCCUAGAGGAGGACAAAACCACCAGGAACCAUCAGGCUGCCCCUAGAGUAGGACAAACCCACCAGGAACCAACCAGUCUGCCCCUAGAGGAGGACAAAACCACCAGGAACCAACCAGGCUGCCCCUAGAGGAGGACAAAACCACCAGGAACCAUCAGGCUGCCUCUAGAGGAGGACAAACCCACCAGGAACCAACCAGGCUGCCCCUAGAGGAGGACAAAACCACCAGGAACCAACCAGGCUGCCCCUAGAGGAGGACAAAACCACCAGGAACCAACCAGGCUGCCCCUAGAGGAGGACAAAACCACCAGGAACCAUCAGGCUGCCUCUAGAGGAGGACAAACCCACCAGGAACCAACCAGGCUGCCCCUAGAGGAGGACAAAACCACCAGGAACCAACCAGGCUGCCCCUAGAGGAGGACAAACCCACCAGGAACCAACCAGGCUGCCCCUAGAGGAGGACAAACCCACCAGGAACCACCAGGCUGCCCCUAGAGGAGGACAAAACCACCAGAAACCAACCAGGCUGCCCCUAGAGGAGGACAAAACCACCAGGAACCAACCAGGCUGCCCCUAGAGGAGGAAAAACCACCAGGAACCAUCAGGCUGCCUCUAGAGGAAGAGAAACCACCAGGAAGUAACCAGGCUGCCACUAGAGGAGGACAAAACCACCAGGAAGUAACCAGGCUGCCCCUAGAGGAGGACAAAACCACCAGGAACCAUCAGGCUGCCUCUAGAGGAAGAGAAACCACCAGGAAGUAACCAGGCUGCCACUAGAGGAGGACAAAACCACCAGGAAGUAACCAGGCUGCCUCUAGAGGAAGAGAAACCACCAGGAAGUAACCAGGCUGCCCCUAGAGGAGGACAAAACCACCAGGAACCAUCAGGCUGCCUCUAGAGGAGGACAAACCCACCAGGAACCAACCAGGCUGCCCCUAGAGGAGGACAAAAUCACCAGGAACCAUCAGGCUGCCUCUAGAGGAAGAGAAACCACCAGGAAGUAACCAGGCUGCCACUAGAGGAGGACAAAACCACCAGGAACCAUCAGGCUGCCUCUAGAGGAGGACAAAACCACCAGGAAGUAACCAGGCUGCCCCUAGAGGAGGACAAAACCACCAGGAACCAUCAGGCUGCCUCUAGAGGAAGAGAAACCACCAGGAAGUAACCAGGCUGCCCCCAGAGGAGGACAUAACCACCAGGAAGUAACUAGGCUGCCCCUAGAGGAGGACAAAACCACCAGGAAGUAACUAGGCUGCCUCUAGAGGAAGAGAAACCACCAGGAAGUAACCAGGCUGCCCCUAGAGUAGGACAAAACCACCAGGAAGUAACUAGGCUGCCUCUAGAGGAAGAGAAACCACCAGGAAGUAACUAGGCUGCCCCUAGAGGAGGACAAAACCACCAGGAAGUAACUAGGCUGCCUCUAGAGGAAGAGAAACCACCAGGAAGUAACUAGGCUGCCACUAGAGGAGGACAAAACCACCAGGAAGUAACUAGGCUGCCUCUAGAGGAGGACAAAACCACCAGGAAGUAACCAGGCUGCCUCUAGAGUAGGACAAAACCACCAGGAAGUAACUAGGCUGCCUCUAGAGGAGGACAAAACCACCAGGAAGUAACUAGGCUGCCACUAGAGGAGGACAAAACCACCAGGAAGUAACUAGGCUGCCUCUAGAGGAGGACAAAACCACCAGGAAGUAACCAGGCUGCCUCUAGAGGAGGACAAAACCACCAGGAAGUAACCAGGCUGCCACUAGAGGAAGAGAAACCACCAGGAAGUAACCAGGAUGCCACUAGAGGAGGACAAAACCACCAGGAAGUAACCAGGCUGCCUCUAGAGGAAGAGAAACCACCAGGAAGUAACCAGGCUGCCCCUAGAGGAGGACAAAACCACCAGGAAGUAACCAGGCUGCCUCUAGAGGAAGAGAAACCACCAGGAAGUAACCAGGCUGCCCCUAGAGGAGGACAAAACCACCAGGAAGUAACCAGGCUGCCUCUAGAGGAAGAGAAACCACCAGGAAGUAACCAGGCUGCCUCUAGAGGAAGAGAAACCACCAGGAAGUACUAGGCUAGGCCACGCUGCCGCCCCGAAGACAACGGACUGAAACAGGGAGGCACUACCUUUUCGCCAGCAACACAGCUAACACUCAUGUAACUUCAGAUGAAGGAGAAGAGACAAUGACAGUUCCCAGACAAACCAGGAUUGUAUUAAUUAGGCACCGACGUCUUUGAAAUAAUUUUUUUACUUUUACCUUUAUUUAACUAGGCAAGUCAGUUAAGAACACAUUCUUAUUUACAAUGACGGCCUGGGAACAGUGGGUUAACUGCCUGUUCAGGGGCAGAACGACAGAUUUGUACCUUGUCAGCUCGGGGGUUUGAACUCGCAACCUUCCAGUUACUAGUCCAACACUCUAACCACUAGGCUACCCUGCCUCUAGAGGAAGAGAAACCACCAGGAAGUACUAGGCUAGGCUACGCUACGCUGCCGCCCCGAAGACAACGGACUGAAACAGGGAGGCACUACCUUUUUCGUUUUCCAUUGCAAAACGUUUUUCAACGUUGUGCACUAAAUGAAUACAACCCAUGGUUAUAUACUGUAUAAAAAUAUAUAUAUCUAUAAAAAAACUAACGCUUAUCUUCUACAAGUCAUUUUGACACAUCUUUCCUUAUUUCAUGUUUACAUGUUUAGGAUCCUUGAACGGGUCCAUAUUUUCUCCUUUUGGGGGAAAAGUUCUCGUUUUUGUAUGUAUUGUAUAUAAAGUUAAGGGAUUGAAUGUUGGCGUUGACAGUAUUGUUAGUGACUUUAUGUUGUGUAAUGCUGGUAUAUGUGCAUGAAUCUACGGAUAGUAGUAUACAGAGAAUACCCCGAAUGUCAUUGUUAAACUAUUUGGUACAAACAAACUGUUAUUUCUUAGACUUUACCCAUAUUCACCCACUGACCGUUUUGAACAUGGGAAUGAGUCCUAGUUGAACUGCUUUACAAGAAUAUGCAGAGACACGAAGGAAACAGACAACUGUUUAAGGAAGUAUUUAUGCUGCCAAAAUGUUCACUGGAGAUUCAGAAGUCCCAUUUCCAAAUGUAGCACCAUUGUUAGAGAAACCAGUUAAUAUUUUGUGAACGAUGCGCAGCACCAUUUUAAGUUACAGUAACACUGUAAUGAUUAUAUAUAUAGUAUACUUACACCCUGUGACACAAUCCAAUGUGAUAAUGACAGAACUAUUACACUGAUCUCUUUCUCUACAUGGAUAUUUCACCAAUUCAGCCACUAACAAUGACAUGUUUAUAACAGGCCUGAUUCAGACUUGAGGUAAGUAACACUCAACAAGACAACAUAUCCGUGUCUGAAUUGGGCCCAACAUGAGUAACAGGACAAUCAUACACAACACAGUAUUGGCGUUUUUUUUCUCUCAUCAUGGCUUUGUUAGUUUGUUACUUGAUAUUUCUCCUCGUAAGGAUAAGAGGUACGUCCCAACUCGCACCCUACUCCCUUCAUAGUGCACCAGAGCACUGGUCAAAAGUGGUUCACUACUAAAAGUUUAGGGUGCCAUUUGGGACAUAAUCUAGAAUUGCCAUAGUCUGUUGUAACCUAGUAGUACCCAACGCUGCUUUGAACUUUUUCCUAUUUGAAAGUGUUUUCAACUUCAAUAAAGAUGCCAUAGCUCAGG